AUGGAAGACUCUCGGGGCUCGAACGAUACACCGACCCAUGUUGAUAUAACAACAAAGCAAGCAGCUUUCCCAGAAGUCAAGGUCACAAUCAAAGAUCUUUAUCGUUAUGCAAAUGGCAUGGAUCUCAUGAUCCUUGCGAUCAGCUCUCUAUGCGCAUUUGGAGCAGGUGUAUGUCGAGUUGUGCCAUCUAUCAUAUUCAGUAGAAUCGCAUAUAUCUUCGUACAGGUCGACAAUGACGGUCCCGAGUCUAGCCGAUCCGUCUCCGCCUGGACAGCAUCAAUCGAUCAUUUCACGCUAUACUUUGUCUAUAUCGCAAUCGCCUCUUUCGUCACCCAAUACAUCUCACGGCUGGGAUUCGUGUACACAGGAGAGAAGCUGGCACGAAAGAUCAAAGAACACUUUUUCUCAGCAACCUUGAAGCAGAACAUCGCGAUCUUCGACGAAUUGGGAGCUGGCAGCUUCACGACACAGAUCUCGACCGGCACGACUCUUGUCCAGGAUGCUAUCUCACAGAAACUCGGACUGACCGUCAGCGCCUUUGGAACCCUUCUCAGUACUUAUAUUUUGUGUUUUGCUUACAGCUGGAGACUCACACUCAUACUUCUCUGGUGUGCUGUCUUCGCAUUCUCGCUUUUCUUGAUUGGCAAGAGAUUAUCCAGUGGAUAUGCCAGUCAGUCACUGGAGGAGACUUCCGCUGGAAACACUAUUAUCGAAGAGGCAAUAGGGUCUAUCAAAAGUGUUGCUGCGUUGGGAAUCCAGAACAGCGUUAUAAAGCGAUAUCGCGAGCACCUUCAGCGAGCUCGAGCAAGCUCAUUUCGAUUGAAGGCCAUGAUAGGAUGUGUCCUUGGUAUUGCCAUAGGAACAGGCUAUCUCAAUAUGGCUUUGGCGUUCUGGCAAGGCUCACGUUUCUUGACCGACGGCACUGCUACUUUCGUCGAUGUACUUGUGGUUGCCACUGCUGCCAAGACUGCCGCCUUUGCGGUAUUCGGUGUAGGAUCCAACGCAGACAGUAUUAUCUCAGCUCUCGCCUCCGCAUCCCGGCUAUUCACGAUGAUCGCCCGUGAAUCUACAAUAGAUGCUACAUCAGAACAUGGGCUACGACCACAGAUAUCUCGAGGUCAGAUUGAAUUUCGUGGUGUUAGCCAUAUCUACCCUUCACGCCCGCAUGUCUUGGUCAUCAAUCAACUCGACAUCGUCUUUCGCCCUGGGCAGAUCACAGUGGUUGUCGGCAAAACUGGCCAAGGGAAAAGCUCGAUAUCUCAUCUAAUCGAGCGCUUCUACGACCCUGUAGAGGGUCAAGUACUGUUCGAUGGGCAGGGUAUACAGACUUUGAACGUUCGCUGGCUUAGGAGUCAGAUCAGACUAGUUGGCCAGGAACCUAUCCUCUUCAACACUACUAUCACGGACAACAUAGCAUACGGUCUUGGUAGCCCUACAUUAGGCAGUGAUGCUUGCUCACCAGAGAAACGGCAGCAGAUCAUCGAAGACGCAGCCAAGGCUGCAUGCGCCCAUGACUUCAUAUCUCGUUUGCCAAGCGGGUAUGAAACACUAGUGGGUGAGCGAGGGUCUCAAUUGUCUGGGGGGCAGAAGCAACGCAUUGCCAUAGCUCGUGCGUUGGUUGCAAACCCCAGAGUCCUCAUCUUGGAUGAAGCAACAUCUGCCCUAGAUAGCGAGACCGAGGCGAAAGUGCAAGCUGCGAUUCGCCAAAUCUGCAAGGAAUGCACUAUAAUCAUGAUUGCGCACCGACUUGCCUCGAUUCGCGAAUCGGACAACGUCGUGGUCAUCUCGGGAGGGAAAGUCGUAGAGCAAGGCCUUUGUCGUGAGCUGCUUAGGAAGGAUGGCUUGUACCGGCGUCUGAUGGAGACCCAAACUACAGAACCAGCUCAACAUCCAGACGGAAGGUCAACAGUCGAAUGCAUCUCAGGAACUGAAAGAGAAUCGCUCCUCGGAAAAGAACACGAGGCAGAAGGACUAGCUUCACAAACUGGACAUGAUAUUCAAGCGUAUGUUCGCCGCUCCCAGAACAGUGCACGGGGAAACGAGAAAACACAAGCAUCCGACGGGUCUUUACGAGAUUUGGCAACUUUCCUGACCCGAUUCAACAAGUCAGAUCUUGUUGUUGUGCUUCUAGGCUUGUUUUGUUCGUUUAUCGCAGGUCUCGAAGAACCAGCGUCUGCAAUCGUGUUUGGUGAAGCUGUGAUUGCGAUAUCAGAGCCCUUACAGCAGUCGAUACGAACUCGCGCUGGGUUUUGGUCCUUGAUGUAUCUCAUGCUUGCUCUAGUACAGACAGCAGCGUUUUGCAUUGAGAGCAUCACCUUCGUACAUUCCGCUGAGUCUUUGAUCUUUCGCGUCCGUACACAGGUGACGGAGGCUAUUCUACAUCAGGACAUGGAAUUUUAUGACCAGCAAGGUAACUCUGCAGGAAAUCUGGUUAGCUUUGUGUCAACUGAGACAAGUCAUCUCGCUGGCCUAGGCGGAUCCAUCAUCGGAACUAUUCUCAUAAGUCUGACUACCCUAGUCUCCAGUCUUGCCUUAGCCUGUGCCUUCGGCUGGAAGCUUGCUCUCGUCUGCUUUGCUGUAGUUCCUCUCAUUAUCGUUUGUGGUUUCUGGGGCAUACGCAUCGUUGGUGAGCACCAGGCACGUACGGAAAGGCAUAAUCUUGCAGCUGCAGGUUUUGCGAGCGAGACCAUUUCAGGAAUCCGGACCAUAGCGUCGCUUACACGCGAAGAUGCAGCUAUUACCCACUUCAAAAAACUCUUGGCGAUAGCGAAACAAAAGAAUCUCCGGUUAAAUCUGGUAUCAUCUCUGCUGUAUGCGAUUGCUCAAUCGGUCUUCUAUGCAUGUAUGGCUCUGGGCUUUUGGUUUGGUGGCACCCUGAUUGUGCGCCGGGAAUACAACACUCUACAAUUUAUUGUAGUGUACUCAUCAAUAUUGCUGGGUGCUAUGUCCGUCGGCAUCGUAUUCUCCUUCGCUCCUGACAUCGGCAAGGCCAAGAAGUCCUCUAACAAUAUCAGAACCCUUUUGAAGAAGAGAACAAAAAUAGAGUCGCGAACUGGCGAUGGACUGGGACCGAUUAUCACUGAUGGCGCCGUGGAGUUUCGAGAUGUUACUUUUGAGUAUCCAACCCGAUCUGGACACCCGGUACUACGCGGUGUUUCAUUCAAAGUACUUCCAGGUCAACACAUAGCGCUGGUCGGGAAGACGGGAUGCGGAAAGAGUACGAUCAUCUCUCUCCUUGAGCAGUUCUACGAUCCAACUUCAGGUCAGAUCUUUGUUGAUGGUUACCCUAUCUCCUCCAUGAACACCAAAAAGUACCGCCGGUCACUCGCCCUGGUCGUACAAGAGCCGACUUUACUGAAUGGUACGAUACGCGAAAACCUUCUCGCUGGAAUCGAAGAUGAGGUUGUCUCGGAGGCUACGAUCGAGGCCGUAUGCAAAACAGCAGACAUCUACGACUUCAUCAGCUCCCUCCCUGAUGGCUUCGCUACGAACGUUGGUAGUCGCGGUGGCAAGCUAAGUGGUGGCCAGAAGCAAAGAGUAGCUUUGGCUCGUGCGUUGUUGCGAAAUCCGAAAAUCUUGCUUUUGGACGAGGCCACAUCCGCGGUGGAUGGAGAAUCGGAACAAAAGAUACAGAAUGCAAUUGAACGUGCGACAGAGGGAUGUACUUCGAUCACAAUCGCUCAUCGGCUUAGCACGAUUCGGAAAGCUGAUGUGAUAAUUGUACUUGAUGAAGGCGCAAUCAUAGAAUUUGGGAGUCAUGAAGAGCUCUUGGCGAGAAAAGGAAAGUAUCAUAGUCUACAUAGUGCAAGUAGUCGUCAGUAG